AUCAGAUUCAGUACUACAACUUAAAUGAUAUAUACAAUAACAAAACAUAUACCUAAUCACAGAAAAUGUCAUCUUACAUUCACAGUGAAUUACAUGAGGAUUUUCUGCUUAGACCCUCGAAGGUAGAUGAUGUCCUUAAACUUCUUCAUGAGAUCGCAAAGACUGGCAAGGAUAAGGCAGAAGUUGACAUCAGUGAGGGCGUUACGGAUACGAGUUUUGUGGUUAUGCAACGUCAAAAUGUUGUUAAGAAAAGCAGAAGUCUAUCGAAGAGGAACAUAUUCAGCAAACCAAACAUGAAUCAAAUGACAUUCAUGCGUCAGAUAGAUGUUAGCGAGGAGGAACGGAAGAAAGCUCGAGCGGAACGCGUCUCUGUGGCAAACAAUUUCCGCAGACUGGGAAAUGCGGAGUAUCGCAAGUCAAACUUUGAUAAGGCUAUUGAUUAUUAUACGAAGGGUUUGAAUUAUAUCAACGAUUCGCCAGUUCUAUUUGUCAAUCGCAGUCUGUGCAACAUCAAAAAACAUGAGUACAAACGCGCCUUAUUAGAUCUCGACCAUGUGUUAAAUCAUCUGGAUGGAUGCUGUCUUCAGGCAUGGCUCUAUAAGGCGGGAACUCUUAAGCGAAUGAACAAUGAGGCCGGUUAUGAAGAAUGCGUAGAUAAUGCUCGCAGAUUUAAUAGUCCAAGUUUAAAAUAUAUUGAAAACUUUUUGAAUAAAAUGCGAUCAGAAUUCUAACA